AUGCCCAUCGAGUUCUUCAGCUCGGACGACUCAGAUUUCUCCGAGACAGACAUCUCCCUCCGCCGCGGAGAAUCUCGAAGCCAUGUCCGCCGGCGCUCGCACUCGCGCCACCGCCAAUAUGAGCCAAGAGUGACCCUCGCACCAAUCCAAUCAACCCGUGUGCACCGGUCGGCCUCGACAGGCGGCAGUCGUCGCCACCAGCGCGACCCAGUAGUACCGAAUGUGACUAUCAUCAACGACGGACACUUAGAGAGCAGGCCGCAGAACCGGCGGGUGCACCAGGAGUUCACCGAACAGCCGCCGAGUCGCAGUCACGACCGCUUCGACGAUGUCGUCGUCAAUCUGCCGGUUUCUCCUGGCCACCGUGGGCGCGCCACCAGUGUCUCGCGCGACCACUCGCCCUAUCACCGCGACCAUGAACUUGUCAUGGGCCAGUAUCACCUGGAGCACGAGAAUCUCCGACAAGACAUGGAUAUUCGGCAAGCUCAGCAGGAGAUCGAGCGGCUGGAACGCAAGAUUCGCAAGAACCGUGAGAAGACGAAGAGUCGUGUUGUCGAUCGACAUGAGUCGUCGCAUGAGACACGCAUGACGAAGCAUGAGUCUGAUCUAUACGAGGCGGAGCUUGUUGAGCGGCUGGCGAAGUUGCAGCGGUAUGAGAGCAAGUUUGACGCUGAAGAGGCUGAGCGCAAGGCGGAGGAGCGGUAUCAGCUUAAGAGACUUGCGGAGGAGAAGAGACUCGCUGCUGAAGAGGAAGAGGUGAAGCAUAAGUUGCAGGAGGAGAGGUUGAGGGAUAUUGCGCGCAGGCAGGAUGAGAAGGCGCAGAGGGAUAAGCUCAUGAAGGAAGAGAAGUGGAAGGAGCUUGCGAGGUUGAAGGAGGAGCAGGAGGAGAGAGACAAGCUGAUCAAAGAGGAGAAGUGGAAACAGCUCCAGCGGGAGAAGGAGGAAGAGGAGGAACGAGAGAAGCUCAUUAAGGAGAUUAAAGAUGAGGAAAUGCGGAAGGCGAAGGAGGCCGAGGAGAAGAGGAAGAAGGAGAUUGCUAUGAAGGCUGCUGCUGUUGAGGAGUGGAAGCUUGAACAGGAGCGCAUCAAGCAGAGGCAGGCAGAGGAGGCGGCGCGCAAAGCAAAGGAGUUCCGCGAUCAUCUUCAAAGCCUUGGCUACAGCGAAGCGGAGAUUGAUGCCAUCAUCAACAAGAAAAAGGACGAGAAAAAGAAGGAAGAGGAGAAAAAGAAGGAGGAACCAAAGAAACCUGAUGAAAAGGAUGUCAAGCUCACGUGGAUUAAGGUUCAUCGCAAGCACUUGCUGCCAGAAACCCUUAUUCACUUCAAUCUGCCUUGGGAUUGGGAUGAGGGCGACACCAACUAUAUUAUCAUCAAGCGAUGGAUCACCGAGGAGUUCCAAGAAGAACUUUUUGCCCACACCCGAGCUAUUCGCGAGCGCAAGGUCAUUGCCGAAACAUCCCACUCAAGGACUGAACUGAGGGUCAAUGACCGCAACAAGGACAGGUUGUACCUAGUCCGGAGGAAGAGCCCCAGUCGUCGGGUCCGCCUCGGGGCAUAA